AUGGCAAAACAAAUAUGCCAUGAGUCGUUAAAGCUCACAUCGACUGUACAAUUUAGUCGUUUGGCUUCUGUACUUCUGAGAUUCAGUCUUUUAACGCUGAUAUUUUUGAAUCUCCAAACUUUUGGAGAAGGGCUCGACUUUUGUUUUGACGCAUCAAAGGAAGGUAGGUUUUGGUAAACUGCAAGUGUUAAUAAAAACUGUCGUCCUUUUAGAGACGUAAAAUUUUCAAUGACAAUGUUUUGUUAGAAUAUUGAUUAUUGACAUGAAUGUAACAUGUUGAAAGUUAUAUAGUGACUUAAGGUUGAGCAAGGCCGGAUACUGUUAAAUCGCGCGACACAUCCGAACAGAUAUUGACCUGGGGCCGGUUGUAUAAAAAAGUGAUUAAAGUUAACUAUAAUUAAGUGCAAACGUCAUCUAAUAAGCGCGUAUUUGAGAGUUAAUCACUAUUUAACUACAAAAUAAUGAUUAAAUAAGUGAUUAAAAGUUUUAUACAACCGGCCCCUGCAUAUAGCUAUAUUUUAAUUCAGUAUAAACGCAAAAAAUAGACUUGUUGACAAAAAAUAGAUUAUUUGAUACGUGUUGAAAAUUGACAUUCUAAUUUUCGUUUCGACUUUUAUUUCAGUCAUCUAAUAUUCUAAACGUGGCCAAUUAAGAUUUGGAUUCAUUUAAAUGUAAUUAUAUUAUAUAAAAUCGCACGGAGAGGUGAAUUACUUUAUAGGCCUUUAUAUUUACGAUUGCUGUAAUUAACUAACUUAGCUAAAAUAGAUGAUUAUCUAUGGCAGUCAUAACCGGGAGCAAAUUAUUUUUAAAACGGAACGUUUUACAUUUGUAUAAACUGAAUCUAUAUGAUCGUUUCUAUUUCGAAGACGUAGACCAUUCGUAUCCUGCCGUUAUCAAGAUGAGAUACUUUUUAGCUUUAGCGUCCCUAAACAAUUUGUGCACAGUUGCAAUUGUUAAUAAUUUAUCAAGUGUCAAUAGUUUUGUGUUUUAAAUAAGUAAAAUAUAGCAACCAUAUAUAUCUAUAUUACAUCGGGAUAGCAAAAAGAGGAGCAAUGACAAAAUAUAAAUAUGGAUAAAACGCGGUCGGGUAAAGGCAUAAUAAAAGGAAAAGUUCUCUGACCAAAAAUAAUUUAUUCUGACGAGCUUUCGGCCACGGCCACUAGACUGUGGUUUUCUACAGGUACAUGACUAAUGAAAAUAGCCAGCUUCUAUACUAACUUAGGUUGUGUUACAUCAUAGAUUAGGAAUUUUAAUUACGAGUAUUGAGAUAUAAGUAAAGUAAUUAGCGGAGGCAGCGUUUCUUUGUGAGCUUAAUGUAUUGUUUAGGUAAUGCCUUUGAUUUGGUAAUGUGCCAUGAUUCCAGAGUUUUUCUUUGUCUUUAGUUUCCCUUGUCAAUAAUUUCCCAUUUUUCAAAAUCAAUUCUAUGUCCGUUUUUCCACGAAUGUGAUGCCUAUGUUCGAACUGUUCGCAUAAGUCUUUACAUUGCUCACAUGUUUUUUUUUCUUGUUUCGAAUGCCCUCCUAUAUGUAUGCCCUCGUUUCUGCUAUGUAUUACCAGUUACAAACUAUAGACCAAGAAAAACUCGGAAAACAACAAAGAAGAAAAACUCGGAAAAACGGAAACAACUAAGGACGCGGACAACAAUUCAAAGCCGUUACCAAAACAAUACAUUAAUUAAGGUGGCUCCCUACCGUUUUGGUUGUAAAGCACGCAAUUGUAUUAAAAAAAAACAUUAUUUCAUCAUCUUGCAAAGUAUGAUCACGAAACUCGGACACAUAUAAUUGCUACAAUAUGGCGAAUUACGAAAAAUAAAAAAUGUCGUUAAAAAUCCCUGUUGCCAUGGUAACAAAGCGAUUAUAGAAAGGGCCAAUUUGGAUUUCGGAACCAAAAUAUUCAUUUCGGAUCGGAUCGGAUUGAUAAAGUUGUUUCGUAGUCGGAUCGGAUCGGACUUCGAUAUCCCAAAUAAAAUGAACUAAUUAUCAGUCCACGCAUUAUUGCAAGAAUUAAUUAUCCAUGCAUUUAUCAAAGCAUUAUCACGGUUGUCGCUGCAUUACUCGUUUGAUACUUCAAUACUGAAUCACUUUGUCAGCUUCUUGACAUGUAUUUCUUGCUUUUAUAUUUAUUUGUGUAAUUUAAAUAUUUCAACUUGAAUGAGAAAUUUAAUUUAUUAAAGAAUUCUUCGGAUCGGAUCUGAUUGGAAUUUUUUAUCGAAACUCGGAUCGAAUUCGGAUUAGACGAUUUCGGAUCGGAUUUUAAACAUUAGGCAAUUGUCGGAAUAUAAACGUCCAAUCCGAUCCGAUGCACACACCGAGCAUUCAUAAACAGCGAGACAUGAAUUUAUAACAACUAGAAGUAGAAGGCACUCGAAGAAUGCACCAAUCUCGUUUCCAAAUCGAAUUGAUUCACGAUAGGUUUCCAACUUGAGUCCUACAGUACGCAUGCUCGGCAAUUGUUGCAAAAUAUAAACAAAGUAUUUAGAAUUUCUCGUCGAAAAUUUGAUACUUUUUGCUAUUAAAUCGAUUGAAAAUAACUAAAAAUUCUAGGGGAAUUAUGUACGAAAUAUUUUGAUUGGGAUACAACUACCUGAAAAAUACAAGGAGAAUUUCGACGUUUCGAGCGAAAGAUGGUUAACUUUGUAUAUAUGUACUUGACCUUUUACACUGUCAGGAUUCAUGAUAAAAAUCUCCUCAACAACAUACGUUCGCCGCUAGCAAAUCGCCUGCCUGAAUCAUUCGAUUUUUCCAGAUCUAUACCCACCCUUAACCUGCGAACGGGCAUACUCGGGAAACGAGAUUGAGACUGCAUCACAAAAUAAAUAAUGGGCAGAAGGUUGGCCUUUGAAGUUUUGUGCCCGCGCAUGUCGCUCCGCGCCAGUGAACUCCAUACUGUACAUCUCUGGAGCGAGAACGCGCAUCCAAAAAGCGGAGCCAGUUUCUUUUUAACCGCGCAGAAAUAAUUUAUUGUAAUAAAUACAAGAGAUGACAGGAAACAAAAGUAUCUAAUUGUUAUCUCAAAGAGAUUUUGACACAAAAUUGGUUAUUAUUAAUCAUAAUUUAUGAAUAAAUUAAGUUACUAUAUUACAAAGUAUUAAAUUACAGACACAGAAAACAAGGAAAUGAGAGUGAGGGGGGGGGGGGCAAAAAUUCAAACUCCUUAUAUGUUGUUUUAUGUAAGGCACUUUUUGUUUAUCGACAAGUAAUAAAUAAAAAACUGUAUUGAGCCACCUUAAGCCUUCCUAAUUAAGCAAGCAAGGCAGUUCGCGAUCGGUCCCUCUUUUCCUGCUCAUUCCUGCCUUCCUACUCCGACCCGACCCUUCACUCUCAUUUCCUUGUUUUUUUCUACGUCUCUGUAAUUUAAUGCUUUGUAAUAUAGUAACUUAAUCUAUUCAUAAUCCUUGUUAUUGUAAUUGUACUGUUAGUCUGAAGAUGUAUUGAGUUAAGACGAAACAUGCAAGAAAAAGAAAAUGCAAGGGUAUAUAAAAAGGAUUAUAUAAAAGUUUUAGUAAAAGUAAAGAUGUAUUGAGUUAAGACGAAACAUUACUUUUACUAAAACUUUUAUAUAAUCCUUUUUAUAUACCCUUGCAUUUUCUUUUGCCUUGAAUGUAUUAUUACAGCCAACUGAUGGAAACUGUAACUUCCACCGCAAAUUAAUUUAUAAUUUACUCCAGCACAGUAAUGAUUCUAGUUAUAUUAAUUAUUUGUUCAAAAUCUUAAAGGUCACCGUUUGAACAGCACAGUGAUAAAAUAUGUUCACGCUCACUUUGGAGUGCAAUGUGUCUUGCUAUGUCUGAAUGAAGACAAAUCAUGUAGAUCUACUAACUUCAGAAAAACCACAAAUUCUGAUAAAAAUUGUGAGUUACUAAGGGAUGUUCAUGCAGAAAAACCAGAUCUGUUACUCGAAGACGUCCAAUUUGAUCACUACCAAUUACUCAAUCCUAAUAGGGUAAGUAUGAAGCGUUCUUCUAUAUACAUGAAAAAAAAAUCUUAUUCGCGUUCAGUCAGGGAUUGUGGAGCGAACUUAACCUCGCAAACCAGGCUCUCUACUUCCGCUUCCCUCCCAAACACGCUCCAGCAAAGAUCCUUGUGCAGGCCAGGGGUCACGUGACACCACAAGUCACUUUAUCGCGUGGGAGAGUAGGCUGAAAUAUGAAAGCAAAGUCGAGUUUCUAGGAGUGUUUAUUUCGAAUAUCGGAUUGAUGAAAAUGUAUGAUUUACUUUAGUUGUUUAAACCAAGAGCGAUAGCCUAUAAAAACAAACCACUUUGAUGACUGAUUCCGCGGCUUUAAAACAAAUCCUAAAUUUACCGCUUUUAGUUUUAUUUGUAUCAAACUAAAACUACAUAAUUAAUGUAAUUCUCGGGCGAAUCAAUGACAAACAGCACGCUAAUUCGAAUGGAUACAAUCAAUGACAUUAUGUAACUGGCCAGACAAGUAACAACGCAAACAGACAUGAAUUAUUAAACGUAAAUUUACCUUUUAUAAUUAUAGCCUACACGGUGUCUCAAAAAACAGUAACCCUUUGAAAUCAAGUCUUUGUUAGAAUUUGAAUGCCUUAUUACUAUGCUGAACCCACGGCCGGGCCACGGGUGUGUAAAAAAGUAUACCUAGUCUUCUUUAGCACAAUUAAGACUUUAUAAAGUUGAGUAAUUCAGGUUAAGUACAAGAUUUUCUACUCCUGGGCAUGUAAAAUAGCUUCUGAUCGUUUACUGUCGUUCCAAUUGAAGUGUUGCUCAAAUAUUGAUUCAAUACAUUACCUCUGGCUGACCAAUUCAUUUGAUCAAGUUCCUUGAGAUAUUCAUACACUUCCUGUGAAAGAGCUAAUUCCAAGUAUUUGAUUAUUUCUGGUCACUUCCUUUCUAUUUAUGAUUGGUUAGUUGCGCAAACAACAAAAGUGAUUGGUGCAUUCAAACUAUUCAACAGGAAGUUUACAAUUAUACUAGGAAGUGUAUGAAUAUCUCGAGGAACUUGAUGAAAUGAAUUGGUCAGCCCGAGGUCCCUAUAUCUAUUCUGUGCCGAGGUAAUGUAUUGAAUCAAUAUUUGAACAACACUUCAAUUGGAACGACAGUUAUUAAAGAGCGUAACUGCAUUUAGUUCAUGUUAUGUGCGGAUAUCUAUUGUUCUCAAUAGGGUUUUAUUUGGGUAAGAAUCUAAAAGCAAGGGGAGGGAUUUGAUAUCUCCACAGGGAAAAGCGGGGUUGAUGAAUAGAAUCGAAUGCCUAAUUAAAAAUGCAAAGUAUCUGUAAUGUUUCCUAUUAUGCUAUAGUAACCACUCAGAAUGCCACUAGGUAUAAUACUAACUUUAUUUAUGAUUCGACCUGGUAAUUAUAUAAAUCAGAUGUUACGUAAUAAGUGUUAUACGAUAUUGUUGAUUGGUUGUUGGUCCAUGUCAUGACAUCCCCCUUCUUUGGAAUAAACAAUCCUGCGUUAAAAGUCAAUUAAUCAAUUUCAUUAAUUCUUAAUCACUAGUAAUCAAUAAAAAUGUAUGUGUAUAUAACGGUUCAGUCAAACCCAUAACGACUGGGUUGUGCAAUUGUUUUUCCUAGGCUGGAACGCGUAACUGGUUUGUUUUCAGUCGCGCUGGUCUGUGGGGUUUCAUCAUCGUUCCGACUGUCACGCUGGCACUUUUCCAAAUCUCUCCGGUUUCUUCUGUAUUCUCCUCCUGAUUCACUUGUGAUUGUAUAGGAUCGUGGUUCUUCGUUAACUCUCGUAACUGUGGCAGGUAACCAUACUUUCUUGUCUUCGUCACGCAUUUUCACGUUAUCACCUUGUUUUAACGGCUCAAGAGGUUUUGCGUUUCGAUCAUAGUACAGUUUCUGUUUCUGUUGCCUCUCUUGUAGGGCUGGUUUGAUCUUUGCAGUGUCGAACUUUG